AUGUCGACGUCUGAUAGUGCCAUUUCCUUCGGUGCCAGCACCACCGCCACUGUCAGCACAUGCCCAUCAGUCCCCAAGACCAAGGAAUACAUGGAUUCCCUGGUGCUGCCGUCCCAGGACAAGUUUGAGCACAUCGCUCAGGUCCAGGAGGAAAAGGAAGCUGAAUCGCGGCGGAGAGCUCGAGAGGAGUGGCGUCGCCGCUCCAUGGAGGAUAAUAUCCCCCACGCCACCGACACCAGCCAUCGUAGCCGCGAGCGAGACAAGGCCGCCAAGGUCAUCCAAAAGACCUUUCGAGGCUACCGUACCAGACGGGAGCUGGAAGGGUACACUCUGAACGCGAGCACACGAUGGGUCAUGGCGGUUCGAGAAGCCCAGUUUCGCCAAGUCAUAAAGCCCCAUGCCACGGCUCCUUCUGCCGCUCCUACCGCCGUCGCGCCAGCUAGUCCCAACGGCGGCGAGGUUCUCGCCCUCGAAGACCCCGUUGAUUAUCGCCCAGCCAGUGCAAGGCAGAAAUGGAAAAAAGUAAGCUUGGUAGCUCGCCACGCAGGACACGAUGAUUCCGAUACGGAAUCUGAUUCGGUCCAAGGCGAUUUGGACGACAUGACGUCAGAGGAGAAAGCUUUGGCAAAGGAAAAGCGUCUCAAGGCGACUUUCCAGCGCCGCCAGGCUGCUCGCAUGAUGGGCCUGCAGUACUUUUUGGAAAUGGUGGACUCGAAACACCGGUAUGGUAGCAACUUGCGCAUGUACCACGAGGAGUGGAAGAAUUCCAGCGCCAAGGAAAACUUCUUUUACUGGCUGGACUACGGCGAGGGCAGAUCCAUUGAGCUGGAUACGUGUCCGCGGGACAGGCUUGAACGAGAGCGAGUGCGGUACUUGUCCCGCGAAGAACGACAAUAUUACCUCGUCCGGGUAGACGCGGAGGGACGGCUAUGUUGGGCGAAAAAUGGUGCCCGCAUCGACACGACCGAGCGGUUCAGGGACAGCAUCCACGGCGUCGUCCCAGUUGACGAUCCAACGCCAGCGUUCACGCACACACCCUCGCAAACCCUCCAUCCGGAAGACAACGACUCCAACGAUUCAGACUCAGACUCAUCUUUCGAGUCCAGGCGUGAAGCGGACCGCGCUGCCAAGUACGCCGACUCCAGCCUCGACAACUCCAAGGGCUUCAAGAAAGUCACGCACAUAUCAGCAUCCACCAUUUUCAACCAACUACUCCGCAAGUCGGUCAAGAAAAACACGUGGAUAUUCGUAGCAGACACGUCCUUCAGACUCUAUGUCGGCAUUAAGGACUCUGGCGCCUUCCAACACUCCUCUUUCCUCCAGGGCAGCCGCAUCUCCGCCGCAGGGCUCAUCAAGAUUAAAAACGGUCGCCUAUCAUCCCUUUCGCCGCUGAGCGGCCACUAUCGUCCGCCAGCGAGCAAUUUCCGUGCCUUUGUGAAGAACCUGAAGGAGGAGGGCGCGGAUAUGAGCCACGUUUCCAUAUCCAAGUCGUACACCAUUCUCGUCGGGCUGGAGACGUACCUCAAGACAAGGAGAAAAGGCAGAGAGCUUGUGGGCAAGCUGAUACACAGCAAAGAUAAGUUGAUUGCGCCGGAGGAGGUGCGGAGGCGAGAGGAGGAGGAGAAGGACAAGAGCGAGAGUGCGGAAAAGGAGAGGAAGGUGCUGGAGAGGGAGAGGGAAGAGGAGGAGAGGGUGAAGGGGGAAUCGAGGAGGAGUGACAGAGUCAUGAACAAGAUUAAGAGCUUGCCAGUGGUAAAUGCGAAGUGA